CUGGGAGGUUGACGUUGGUGAGAAGACAGCGUGGGACUUGGGUGUGGCUCGAGAGUCGGUCAACAGGAAGGGUCUGGUCACACUGUGCCCGGAAGAAGAAAACUGGAGUGUCCUGACUGACUGAGUCUAAGCAAGCAGUGUGAUGUCACCAGUGGUGGACGGGACAGCCGGGGAUCUCCCAGUCAGAGAUGUGGGACAGAUGAGGGGAGGGCUGAUGCCCACGGUGCCAGAUACUCUGCAUGAUACAAAACCAUGGAAGAAGAACCAGGUCAUGAAAAUAAAAGAUCCACAGCGCAUAUUUCGUUUUCCCAGGGGGCACCUGGAAGACCAUUGUCUCCGGUUGCAGGAGGAGAACAGCAUGCUCAGACAGCACGCACGUGUGCAGGAGCAGAAGCUACGCAGGAUGUGCACCAGACUGAUGCGUCUGCGACAAGCCAGUCCUGGAUCAGGUGGAGCUAAAGACAGGGAAAUGGAGGACACCAUUGAGGAGCUGGAAGCCCACGUGUCCAAGCUCGAGAGCCAAAAGGAAAUGCUGCAAAACAAACUUAGCCUGGCUAAGCAGCACAUUGUGGACCUGGGAGGACGCACACACUGCAAGAUUUGCAAAGGUAAAAGUAUGGAAGGAGAGGGCGGGGUUAGAAGGGCGCCCCAAACAGCGCCGCCGCAAUGCAGCUCUACACUGGAAGACACCAGAACAGAAAUGGAAAAACUUGUGACAGACGGUCAACAGACGAGGGUGGCGGAGCUGGAGCUGACUGUCAAAGCCCUUGGAGAAACACUGAAAGAAAGAGAGCGAGAAAUGGAAGGAACUGUGAGGGAGAUGAGAAGGCAACAGGUUGACGGACACAGAAUAACUAUCAGAGAGAAUGUUGAUCUGAUCCAUCUGCAAAAGCAGCUUUCAGAAAAGAGCAUUGCCCUGAGGGUGUCCCAGGAGAAGUUCAACGCCCUCCAGCAGGCGUAUGAAAAUCAGCUGCAGGAGAGUCAGAGGUCACUGAGGGAGAGUCAAGGAGCUCUGCUGGAGAAGGUGGAGGAGCUCACUGAAGAACUGAAGCAGGAGAGACAGCGGGUGCUGGUGCUGGAGGGACGGCUGAGCACCACCGCUGUGUCCGUGCAGACACAGGAGAAGCUCCAGGACAGAAUCUCAGACCUGGAGGGAGAGAGGGACCUUCUAAAAGAAAACUACAACACUCUACUGGAGAGUACCUUUUCUGUCCAAAGAAUCCCCAAUGGCCAGUUGUGCAAGGACAGUGGACCCUACCAACAGAGGGGGAAUGGAAGAGAACAAAAUUGUCAGAUGGACAUCCAGAGACUGGAGGAAAUGUUGAAAGUGGAGAGGGAGGAAAGACGCAAGGUGGAACAGCAGGAGGCAAACCUGAGACAAGAGAUGGAUCUACUUGAGAAGGAGAGGAAGCGAGAAAGCGAUCAUCUACAAAAGGAGAUCCUCCAACACCGAGAGCAGGUUUCUUCUCUGCAGCAGCAACUGGACUCUGUCACAGAGGCUUUUGAUAUGAGUGUUGAGGAUCUGAGUGAAACCCUUCUGCAGAUAAAGGCAUUCAGGCUGCAGCAGGAGAGUAGGGAGAGACUACGAUUUCUCUCUGCUGACGGGAAGGUGGACAACUCAUCUCCAGAUCUGGAAAACACUCAGGCAUCGCUGGCUGAGAUGGUGCUGGAAUUACAGAAGACCAGAAACCUUUUGCUGCUGGAGCACCGAAUCAGUGAAGACCUGCGAGAAGAACUGAAAACAGUUACCUGGAAGUUGAAGCGAGAGAGGGAGGAGAGCGGGAAAAGGAUGGCAGAGAAAGACAAGCUUUUGUCAAAAAGAGCUCUUGAGAUUAACACUUUGCAAACCAAGUUGCAAGACCUAGCAUACAGACCGAUUAACUAUAAACGGACCAUACCAAUGCAGUACAUCUGGUCCGGUGGAGGUCAGGACGUGGCAGAACCCACUGAUGACGACAUGACUUUUUCACAGCUGAGAGCUGGAGAAUCGCUGUUGGAGAUCCACCUUAAGGCAGCCACGUUCACCCCAGUAGGUCUCAGGGCUAUGGGCUGCAUCUGUUCACAAGAUGCUGGAAGCAAAGACCUUGUGACUUUUUGCACUUACACCCUCCUUGAUUUUGAGGUGCACUCCACUCCUCUCGCGUCAGGCUGUCAACCUAGCUACAGUUUCACAUCCCGCUACGUUCUGACAGCCAGCGAUGUGGCCAGGCUGGGAGGUCAGGGGUCAGGGCUCCAUGUGGAACUCCACCAGGCCUCAGGAGGGGUCAGCUUUGUGACCCACGGGAGUGGGAUGAUGUCACUUAUGCCUGCAAUUGAGAAGAGAGGACAAUGCAUCAAUGGAAGUGUCAAAAUCAUAGGUUCAGUGGGUGAAAUGAUUGGUGUUGUGGAUUUCUGGGCACGUCUGUUCCCACCUGCAGACCCCCUGGUCACUGUAGUGGAGAGAAAAGUGGACAGGACAACCAUGAAACAGAGCAGUCAUGUGCCGAUUUCUCUCGGGUGGCAGGACAAUGGACAUGAGCAAAGGAUUCAUGACUACGGUGGAGGGAUACCAAAUGAACUGGUGGUCGUGUUGGAGCGUUGCAUGAGCCUGAGUUCACGCUAUCCAGGACUACUUCCUGAUGCCUACCUGACUUACAGAUUGUACGACCUGCCACCUCAUGUUUCCCAAACAAUCCAUUCCAGUGCCAACCCGGUAUUCAACGAUGCCACCAGCUACCUACUGGCGAUAACAACGGAUGUGCUGCACUACCUGAGGUCCAGCAGUUUGUGGGUGUACGUGAUUGACGACAGUGAUGACCAGAUACCACUAGCCUACCUGGCCAAGACCCCAAUACCACUCCGAGCCCUCGCUACAGGACGUGAGAUCAGAGGUGACUAUGUCCUGAGGGAUCCAGCUGGUGGACCUCGGGGUAUGGUCAGAGUGAUUAUAAAAUGGAAAUACCCUUUCCAACCACCACCAGAUGAACUAAUGGGUCAGGGAAGAGGUUUGGAAACGCGAGAAAGGAUAAUGGAAAGCCGUGAGAUGAUGGAGAGGCAAGAGGACAUGGAAGCAACACAGAGGCCUGUGGCCAAGCCCAGAAUAAAGCCUCGGCCUCCACCUGUCAAACAGAAAAGCUCCCAGGAUGUCCAGGCGGAGCUAAAUACCUCAAGAAGAGCCCACAAGAGGUCGCCUGACCAUCAUCGGGCCGGAAAAAAACAUUCUUCAGAAAGAUCUGUCUGCCAAUCACCUGAUACAAGAAGCUCUGUCAGUGACUCCAAGCCUCAGGUCCUUCUUUCUGAAGAUCAAAUGUCGAUGGAUGGAGAGGAAGAGAUGAUAAAAGAUGCGGCAGCAGAUGGCAGUGAUGUUUUAGAGUCCAGCUCCUCGCAAAGCGAUAUUGUCGUAAUUCCUCCAAAGCCAAAAACAAGAAAGGGAGACAAGCUGACAGUCGAAAUCCUGUCAUUGACGUUUGAACCAUCCUCACGGGUGGCGCUUGACGAGUCAGUGCAGCGUGUCUUUGUAGAAUAUCGGCUGCUGGGCGUGCCGAUGGAAACGACAGAAACGCCCAUGUCCCUGCGCAAACCUGCCAAGGGGGAGCAGAUUUAUUACAACUUCACACGAGUGAUCUAUGUCGAUAGUUCCCACUCGGCUCCUCUCAGACAUUAUCUUUACACCAUGUUAGAGGGCACCGAUCCCAACCAGGGCAGGUUGAAGUUCACAGUCGUCAGUGAGCCAAUGGACGAUGACGAGGAGUGCGUGGAUGUCGGUCAAGCGUUCCUCAACCUGCAGGAGCUACUUCUUACAGGAAAUGAUGUCAUCGAGCGACAAAUUGACGUUGUAAGUGUGGACGAAGAGAAGAAUGUGAUUGGAAAUCUGAAAGUGUCUCUUGAGGCAGCGCGAGCUCUGACGGGGAUAUACAGAGAGUUUCACAAGAAAACCCAAACCAGGAAGGAGGACAAGCUGGAGGAAGAGGAGCAAGAUGAGAAGAAAGACGACAUACAAGCGAUAGAUUAUGAGGAUGACUUCUAAUGAAUGAAAUAAUAUAUUAUGGUUUAAAGUUAUUUAUUUCACAUAUUUUUUGAACAUGCAUAAUGGAUCUAAAUAUUGUACUCAUAAUGAUUGCUGACUCUGUCAGUAGCCACCUCCCAGUUUGGUACCAUCCCCUCAAGGAUACAGGGUUCACACUUCCCCUCAAUACCCAACAUGUCCCACAGGGUAUUUAGAUCUUAAUGCUCGGCUCCCUUCCUCCCAUGGGAAGAGAUGGAUCUUUCCCCCAUGCUUAGGGUCAGUAUAGGACCAUUGU